GCAAAAGGAGUGGAUGUUGAUACUGUGGUUCUAAUGGCUGCUAGAGCUUCACGGGUGGAAAACGAAGAUGCAAUUGAUGCUGCCAUUGCGGGGAUGUUGGCUGAUCCGAAAGAGGCGAGAGCUGGAAUUCAAGAGGUUCAUUUUCUUCUGUUCAAUCCAACUGAUAAGUGCACAGCUCUAACAAAUCUUGCCAGUGAAGGCAAAAUGCAUCGAGUCAGUAAAGGUGCCCCUGAACAGGUAAAGGGUAAACUGCUUCUGAUUUCAUAUCUUGAUAGUUUGCAUUGCCAGUGUUUUCGAGAGCGCAAAGCGCAAAAAACGCGACAAGGGCUCGACCUCGCUUCAAAAGCGAAGCGCACGCUUUAUUAAACG